AUGGCCUCUACAGCCUCAUCGUCUUCGACGGAUUUCCAGCAUCGACAGCAAGACACAACAGAGCAUAAAGACUACGCCACACAACAUCCAGGAGCUCAAGCCAGACCUCAACGCACAAACCCAGACUAUGGCGGGAAUCCUCUCGCGCACAUAUUGACCGCAGGUUAUGGUGAUCAACGUCUUCCUGCCUUCGGUGGUGCUUUCCAGCCAGGCCUAUAUAAGCCUCCAGCCUUCAAAUUCGCCAAUCCGGUGCCAUUGGGUCUCGCCGGCUUUGCGUUGACCACUUUCCUAUUAUCACUUAUCAAUCUUGGAACAUGUGGGAUCACAGAACCAAAUCUUGUCAUUGCGCCUGCCUUGGCGUAUGGUGGUUUGGUCCAGCUCCUAGCCGGGAUGUGGGAUAUCGCGCUCGGUAACACUUUCGGCGGCACGGCCUUGAGUUCUUACGGUGGCUUUUGGAUCGGGACAGCUAUUCUCCUGACACCAGGUGGCUUCGACAUCGCCGGCCAAUACUCCACCACCGGCGACUUCUAUGCAGCCUUUGCUUUCUACCUUAUUGGGUGGUUCAUAUUCACUUUCAUGCUUUGGCUGUGCACACUCAAGUCAACUGUGGCAUUCAGCUCAUUGCUAUUUUUCGUCUGGCUUACUUUCCUGUUCCUGUUCAUCGCCUAUCUUGGUGCCCAGACCAACGGAACAGGUAUGCCGACUGUGGGAUGGGUGCGUGCUGGUGGAGCGACCGGUAUCAUUGCAGCCUUCAUUGCCUGGUACAAUAUGCUGGCUGGUCUCUGCGACAAAAGUAACAGCUUCAUUGUGAUACCAGUUGUUCACUUCCCAUGGAGUGAGAAGGGUAGAGAGGAUCGAGCAGCAAACAGAGAGGCUGUAAGUGGUGAUGGUGUGUAG